AUGACAGUUUCCAAGGAGUGCAGCGCAGUGCUUCAGAACAGGCAAAUAAAAAAACGAGGAGAUCCCGGCAAAUUUGUCCUCUCUAUCCAGAUUGGGAAGACAGUUUUCGCCUGCUCCUUGGUGGAUCUUGGGUCUAGCGUGAAUCUCAUGCCCUACUCUGUAGCUUUACGACUCGGAUACACGCACUUCAAACCAACUAAGAUGUCCUUGGUUUUCGCAGACAGAUCAGUCAAAUCUCCUGUUGGUAUUCUAGAGGAUCUCCAAGUGAAAGUAGGGAACACCACUGUUCCAGCAGACUUCGUUGUUCUGGAAUUGGAAGAAGAGUCUAAGGACCCCCUCAUCUUGGGAAGACCAUUCUUAUGUACUGUCGGAGCUAUCAUUGAUGUGCGACAGGGAAAGAUUGAUCUGAAUCUUGGGGACAUAGUUAUGCAAUUCGAAAUGGAUGAGUUGCUAAAGAAGCCGAUGUUGGAUGGACAAACCUUUGAGGUCAAUGAAGGGGUUGAUCCGCUCCAACCACAAGAAGGAAUGAUCGAGGAGAUUCUUACCGAAGACCCACUGGAACUUGCACUGGUGCGUGCUGAAGCCGAGCAGAGUAUGGUGAACAUUGAUGCUGAUGGAUAUGCCAAGAUGCUUGACUCCGCAAGGAGUAUGGGGAGAAUGGUAGUCUAA